CCCGAGCAGCAGCCAGGUUCUGUGGCUCCCAGGCCUUCCUCUUUUUGAAGGAUUUUUUUUUUUUUUUUUUUUUUGGCAUUCCUGCAGCCGACUUUGGGAGGGUUUUCUGGACAGAGGUCCUUGUGGCCGCUGCCUUAAGACACGCAGCUCGGGCCCCAGCGGCCAGUGCUCUCUGACCCAGGCCCACCGCAGGCAGCAGCAGCAGCAGCAGCAGCAGCAUGGAGCUCUGGGGGCCCUGCGUGCUCCUCUGCCUCUUCUCUCUCCUGACCCAGGUAGCCGCCGAGGCCCCCGCCACCAAGGUCAAGAAGGCUGCAAAUGCCAAGAAAGAUGCCGUGAGUCCGAAGAUGCUGGAGGAGCUCAAGACUCAGCUGGACAGCCUGGCCCAGGAGGUGGCCCUGCUGAAAGAGCAGCAGGCCUUGCAGACGGUCUGUCUGAAGGGUACCAAGGUGCACAUGAAGUGCUUCCUGGCCUUCGUCCAGGCGAAGACCUUCCACGAGGCGAGCGAGGACUGCAUCUCGCGCGGGGGCACCCUGGGCACCCCGCAGACGGGCUCCGAGAACGACGCCCUGUACGAGUACCUGCGCCAGAGCGUGGGCAGCGAGGCCGAGGUCUGGCUGGGCUUCAACGACAUGGCGUCCGAGGGCGCCUGGGUGGACAUGACCGGUGGCCACAUCGCCUACAAGAACUGGGAGACGGAGAUCACCGCGCAGCCCGACGGCGGCAAGGUCGAGAACUGCGCCACCCUGUCCGGCGCGGCCAACGGCAAGUGGUUCGACAAGCGCUGCCGGGACAAGCUGCCCUACGUCUGCCAGUUCGCCAUCGUCUAGCGGGCCGGGAGGGCCGGGCCGGGCGCGGGAUCCUGAGCCCCGGAGGAGGGGUGCGGGGACCUCCCCGCCCCCCGCGCGCUGGGCGCCUCCUUUCGCAAAUAAAGUGGGUGCACCGUGA